AUGCAGUAUCUCCACUUCUUUUCAUGCAUUUCCAUGUUAUUGCUUUGCUCUGGCAUGUGCAGAGCUUUGGCGUGUGAAGUAAACGAUGCUAACAAAGGGAUUGCAAUCACCAUCGAAGUUAGCAAGUCAGGGGAAGGACAGUUCGAGACAAUUCAAAGUGCCAUUGAUUCUAUUCCUCCCUCCAAUUCUCAGUGGACCCGUAUUCGAAUUUCUCCAGGAAUAUAUAAGGAAAAAGUCACAAUUCCACAGGAUAAACCAUGCAUUUUUCUUGAAGGAGCUGGCACCAAAUUGACAAGUGUUGAGUGGGAUGCCCAUGCAGAUACAGCCUCUAGCACUACUUUCGCUUCGAAUGCUGAAGACAUUAUAGUGAAAGGCAUUACAUUCAAGAACACGUAUAACCGACCAUAUGAUCUAAGCAUGGCCAGUGACUCAGUCAGUCUAAAACAAGCCGUAGCAGUGGGAGUACUUGGGGACAGAACCGUCUUUUAUAACUGCUCCUUUUUGGGGGUCCAAGAUACCUUGUGGGACGCUUAUGGUCGCCAUUUCUUCCAAAACUGCUACAUUCAAGGUGGAGUAGAUUUCAUAUUUGGCAAUGGCCAAUCAAUAUAUGAGAACUGUGUACUAAGAUAUUCAUUUGGAGACUAUGCUACAAGCUACAAUUACGGCUACUUAACAGCAAAUGGAAGGGGAUCCGCCGAUGAUCCUAGUGGGUUUGUGUUCAGAAGAUGUAGGGUUAUUGGGAAGGGUACAGCUUAUCUUGGAAGAGCUUGGAAUGCCUUUUCAAGAGUAAUUUUUGUUGAUUCAUUCUUAUCGGAUGUUGUAGCACCAGAAGGCUGGUGGGCUUGGAACCACGUUGGCCAUGAAGCUUUUGAUUGUGAAGUAACUUAUGGCAACAACAAGGUUGCAGGCUCCAUCUAUAUCAGUAAGUCAGGGAGAGGAAACUUCAAGACAAUUCAAAGUGCCAUUGAUUCUAUUCCUCCCUGGAAUUCUCAGUGGAUCCAUAUUCGAAUUUCUCCUGGCAUUUAUCGUGAAAAAGUCAUAAUCCCACAGGAAAAAACGUGCGUUUUUCUUGAAGGAUUUGGCAGAAAAUCUACAAGUAUUGAGUGGGAUGACCAUGAGGAUACAGCCGCUAGCCCUACUUUCACUUCGAUUGCUGAUAACAUUAUAGUGAAAGGGAUUACAUUCAAGAACACCUAUAACCGUCCAAUGGAUGUAAUGGAUGUAAACAAAGACAAUCUUACACAAGCCGUGGCAGCGAGAAUACUUGGGGACAAAUCCGUCUUUUACCACUGCGCCUUCAUGGGGGUCCAAGAUACCUUGUGGGACGAUCAUGGUCGCCAUUACUUCCACAAAUGCCACAUUCAAGGUGGUGUAGAUUUCAUAUUUGGCAAUGGCCAGUCGAUAUAUGAGAAAAGUAUAAUAAAAUAUUCAAUUGGAGACUAUGGUCUAAACCGCUCAUACGGCUACAUAACAGCACAUGGAAGGGCAUCAGCUGAUGAUCCGAGUGGCUUUGUGUUUAAUAGAUGUGCAGUAAUUGGGUUGGGUAAAGCCUAUCUUGGGAGAGCCUGGAACACAUUUUCAAGAGUAAUUUUUACUAAUUCAUGGUUAUCGGAUGUUGUAGAACCAGAAGGCUGGUGGGCUUGGAACAACGUUGGCCAUGAGUAA